GCUAUCUUGCAAAGAGCGUGAUUGCAAGUUCCGACGAAGCUCAUUGUAGAAAUCUACUUAAUGCAACAAUAUUGGGAAGAUUUGUAAUAUGCCACUGGAUAGUAUUUAGAGGACUCUUCUUCCUGACAAAAGCUUUUUGUAUCACAACUUCUAACACACUAGACUAACACGCCUUAAUAUGGCCACAAGAUCCGAAACGGCAUCUGUGCCUCCAGCUGCGACCGCGGAUGACUCGUCUGGGAUAGAGCUCGAGCCAAGUUCACGAUGGAACGAAUUGUCAGGAAACGAGCAUGUGCUGCCACAAGCUGAUGGUGGUAAAGACGCUUGGCUGUUCUUAGCAGCGGCAUUUGCAAUCGAAAUUAUGGUCUGGGGCUUUCCCUGGUCAUAUGGCAUCUUUCAAGAAUACUAUAGCACAUCUAAAAACUUCUCUGGUGCUUCCGGUAUCCCGGCUGUCGGCACUUCCGCGAUGGGUAUCCUUUACAUGUCUUUGCCCUUCACCUUUGGAUCCUUGAUACGGUGGCCACACUACAAGAGAAUAAUAAUGAUUUGUGGACUAUUUCUCAUGUGCAUCUCACUCGGAUUAAGCUCAUUGUGCACCACCAUACCGCAACUCAUCGUCACCCAAGGCAUCCUUUACGGUAUCGGCGGAGCAGUAGCAUACAGCCCCACCAUUACCUUUCUCGACGAAUGGUUCGUAAGGAGGAAAGGCCUGGCAUUCGGUAUAAUGUGGUCCGGUACAGGACUGGGGGGCGUAGUUGUUCCUCUGCUAUUACAAUGGCUCCUAAAUCGAUACGGCUUUCGGACUGCACUACGUGUAUGGGCAAUUGCGCUCUUUACAAUUACCCUUCCUUUGACAUACUUCCUCAAACCGCGUCUCCCUGUUCCCACAAACAGCCGCACAAAGAUCACCCUUACGUUCUUGUCAAGCAAGUCCUUCUGGAUCCUUCAGUCUGGCAACGUUAUGCAAGCUCUCGGCUUCUUCAUACCUUCCAUCUACCUACCGACUUACACCAAGGCUCUGGGAUUCGACAAUACCGUGUCUACAGUACCUGUCAUUCUUAUCAAUGUCGCUGCUGUUAUCGGUUCAAUCACUAUGGGAACAAUUGUAGAUCGCACACAUGUCACAACCGCCAUUCUCAUCUCCACUGUCGGUGCCGUCGUAUCUGUAUUCCUGAUUUGGGGGUUUAGCACUUCGUUGCCGCCUUUACUCAUCUUCUGCUUCAUGUAUGGACUGUUUGCGGGGAGUUUCACCAAUACUUGGCCGGGAAUCAUGAGGACUGUGCAGCAAAAUACUGGACAAAUGGAAAGCUCCAUGGUGUUUUCAUUCCUGUCGCUAGGGCGAGGUAUCGGGAAUAUGGUCAGCGGCCCAGUUAGUGAGGCGUUGAUGAAAGUAGGCAACGUUGGUGGGUUUGGCCUGUAUGGGACACAGUAUGGAAGUCUGGUCAUUUGGACUGGGAUCAGUGCUACCCUCGGUGGGGUGAGCAUCAUUGGGCGAAGGAUUAGAUAGUUGUGAAGAGCGUCAUGCUUGUUCGAACAACUGACUUUAUGUAGCGGGAGCGAGUUGAACUUUUGGAGGCAUGGACAUUACAGUGAUGAUGUUUUGACUUUAUGUUUUUCGUUAGUAGUAGUGUCCAUAAGCUGAUACAUUGUCUGUUAUCAAAAUUAUCGUAGGUAUCAUUUCUAAGCUAUGGAACGAC